AUGUCCGCCAAGCCCGAGGUCGGCUUCGUGAAAGAGGCUUCUCGCCAGAUCCUGGCCGGUGGUUCCGCUGGUCUUGUAGAAAUUUGCCUGAUGCACCCCCUCGAUGUGGUGAAAACCAGGUUCCAGAUUCAGAGAUGUGCAACUGAUCCAAACAGUUAUAAAAGCUUGGGAGACAGUUUUCGAACAAUUUUCCGAAUAGAAGGGCUGUUUGGUUUUUACAAGGGAAUUCUGCCACCCAUCUUGGCUGAAACACCAAAAAGAGCAGUGAAGUUUUUCACCUUCGAGCAGUACAAGAAAUUGCUAGGAUAUGUGUCACUGUCACCAGCAUUGACAUUUGCCAUUGCUGGAUUAGGAUCUGGACUAACAGAAGCUAUCGUGGUUAACCCUUUUGAGGUAGUAAAGGUUGGCUUGCAAGCGAAUCGGAACAAAUUUACAGAGCAACCAUCCACUAUGAGUUAUGCAAGACACAUCAUUAAGAAGGAAGGCUUGGGACUCCAGGGCCUCAACAAAGGAUUUACAGCAACUUUGGGACGUCAUGGGGUUUUCAACAUGGUUUAUUUUGGCUUCUACUACAAUGUCAAAAACAUUGUUCCUGUCAAUAAGGAUCCAACCUUGGAGUUUUUGAGAAAAUUUGGGAUUGGUCUUCUCUCGGGCACAAUAGCCUCAGUCAUUAACAUCCCUUUUGAUGUUGCCAAAAGUAGGAUUCAAGGGCCUCAGCCAGUUCCUGGAGAGAUCAAGUACAGAACCUGUUUUAAAACAAUGGCAACAGUCUACCAGGAAGAAGGGAUUUUAGCUUUGUACAAAGGCCUGCUUCCCAAGAUUAUGAGGCUUGGACCAGGUGGUGCAGUGAUGCUGCUGGUUUAUGAAUACACCUAUUCAUGGCUUCAAGAGAACUGGUGA